GGCCAGGCAGAUAAUAUAGAAAAAAGGCAGGAAACGAUUAUCUAAUCAGUCGAAACGUUCCCUCCGAAUGAUAUUCUUGGAUGCAAUUUAUUGAAUAAAUAAGACUCGGUCGAAUAGUGUCUUCAAACAGGGGAUAUGGUUGAGUUAAAGUGUUUGGUGACCCUCUUCCAGAUCGCAGUUAGUGUUCUAUUCGACUUGGGCGUGGUGGCAAGGUCCCAAGUCAGACCUCAACCAAUAUGGAACUCUACGCAUACAGAUCAGCUGCGCAGAGACUUGCUUCUAAACUACGACAAGUUUGCAAGGCCUGCGCAACACUACAACGUUACUAGAGUGAAACUAGGCUUAACAAUUCGCCAUGUGGAAGUGAACGAAUUCAAAUCAACGCUCACGGUUUACAGCUGGUUCAAAAUGUCUUGGGAUGAUGAAAAACUAAGAUGGGACCCUAGCAAAUAUGGUGAUAUCAAUAUUUUGAAUUUGGCAGAUCACGAACUCUGGCAACCCGAUAUUUUCUUAUACAACAGUGCCACAGGUACUUCGGUAAGUCACUACAACAGCCACUGUAUAGUAUACUCGAAUGGGAACGUCCUAUGGGUACCACCUGCCCAAUUUGCGGUACUCUGUAAUUUGAACUUGAAGUACUGGCCUUUCGAUUGGCAACACUGUACCUUGAAGUUUGGAUCAUGGACGUACAGUGGUGAUCAGAUUGAUUUGGAGAUAUUUAACAACAGUAGUGGAGGUGGUGUUGAGCUAGACAUGCUCAUAGAAAACAGCGAAUGGAAAAUUCGGUCAGCUUCCAUUGUCAAAAACGUCACUUACUAUGCCUGUUGCAAAGAGCCGUAUCCAGAUGUCUCAGUAGAUAUAAUCUUGGACAGAAUAUCUCCUUCAUACAAGGCCGUGAUCGUCACUCCAGUGGUGGUGAUCGUAUUUUUGAUUUUGUUGACAUUUUGGCUACCUCCAAAUGCCGGCGAGAAAAUCAUACUGAACGGAUGCACAGCCAUAGUUGUUUGUCUAUUUAUGCUGUAUUUCACACAGAAAAUGCCUGCUAUGGGGACCCAUACACCUUUAAUAGUACUGUUUUACAGUAGCUGUUUGUAUAUAGUGGCAUUUUCAACUAUUAGCUCUGUGAUAGUGAUCACAAUAUCACGGAGCAAACAUGCAAAUGCUUUGCCUUGGGUGAUCAAACAACGAUUGAUGGGAAAUUUUGGAAAAUAUUUAGGACUCACAACCUAUAUUAGACAGUCAAGCAUCUCUGUACACAGAGUGACAGCUGAAGAGAUGAGAGAUCACCAGGUGACAGAUUUCGAUGACGUCCACGUUGGUGAAGAGCACGGCAUUGUCAGAAGUCUCCACUCGGAAAAAAUGCCUCACCAAGAAGACUGGAUCCUAUUAGCCGCUGCUAUCGAUAAAAUUUCUUUCGUAGCCUAUUCGUUGCUGUUCGCCAUAUUGGCUAUAGUUUAUUCUGUCUGAUUCUGUUAACGAUAUAAAACCACAUUUAACUUUGUACGAAUGUUUUUUUUUCAGUAUAUUUUAUUCUAUAGGGUACCUCUAGGAUUCUAGCCUAAAAUUCAGAAAAUUACAAAUUUUUUAUUUUUUUAUAAUUUCACUUUUUUUCAUAAACUCAUUUGUACAACUUGUUUGACGAAAUAAAAUCCAUAACAAAGUC